AUGGCUUGUUGCCCGUCGGAAGAGAAAUAUGGCUACGAAGAUAGUCGUUUUGAGAAAGCUGUCGAUGCCCACUUUCAUUGCUCUAUCUGCUACAAUGUUCUGAAGGAACAAAUGAUGUGUAGAAAUAAUGAACACAUAUUUUGUCGUGGCUGUAUUACUGAACAUUUAACUGUGAACUCGCAUACUUGUCCAGAAUGUAACGAGGACUUGACUGUCGAAACACUUCGUCGAGCCCCGCGUGUGUUGAGCAAUUAUUUAUCUGAACUCAAGAUAAAGUGCAAUUAUUCUACUCGAGGUUGCCAGGAGUACAUUCGUCUGGAAGAGCUGGAUUCUCACGUCGAGAACUGCGGCUUUGCGCCGAUGAAAUGCUCGAACGAAGAAUGUCAAAUGGUGGUUAAUAAGCGAGAGAUUAUUCAUCACGAGAGCACGGUAUGCGAGUUCAGGAAAGUCAAGUGUCAUUCUUGUAAGAAAUUAGAGCAAGAUAUGAAAGCAAUAAACGAGAAAAUUGAAGGAAUGGAAGUCAUGAAAGAGAAAAUGGAAGGCCUUGCAUCCAAAGAAGAUGUAGACGACGUGAAGGGACUGAUGGUCCAAAUGUUUGAAAAAUUACGCUUCCUCGAAAACACCAUUCAAAUUUCGUCUGCUAUCAACCACGCAUCAAAUACCUUAAUGGAGGACGUCUUGGUAGCUGGGGGUUGGGACAGGGAUGGCAAUCGUUUGAAAUCUGUCGAGAGAUUUUCGUGGAAGAAGAAUGUCUGGGAAAGAGUGUCCUCAAUGAACGUUGGUCGUGUAGCAGCAACGUCGUUUGUUUAUGAGAAUCAAUUAUUUGUCGCUGGCGGAUGUGAUAGUGAUGCAAUCGAGGUAUUACAUUUGAACGAAUGUCGGCUGCAAUGGGGUGAAUCAGUUGCCAACGUUCCCUACGGCUGUAGAACCCUCCGCUCCGUGGUUUACCAGAACCGAGCAGUUCUGUUCUGCGCAUGCGGUAAGACUGAUUAUUGCGCAGAACUUUAUCUUACUGUAUCUUACACAUGUAAGCAGUUGUGUAAAAUCCCUGAACCAGCACGGAAAGAUUACACUGUGGUUGCGUUUGAGCAUAAAGUCUUGAUUUGGGGAGGACAGAGUGCUACCAAUAACAGUUUACUUGAUAGUGUGCUAGAGUUUGAUAUCAACACAAAUGAAUUUAAAGCAAUGCCUGCACUGCCCUGUGCCGUACAUAGUAUGGCGGCCGUUCGUUGGGGGGAUCAAGCUAUUUUGUUUGGAGGUUUUGAUCAGGAUGGCCAAUCAAGAAAGGUUUAUAUGUACAAUUCUAAAACGGGCACCACCACUCAAUUGCCAUCUAUGUUAGAAGAAAGAUCUGGCUGUGCUGCUGUCAUUACAGGCAAUACAAUUGUUGUGAUGGGUGGACGGGGAAAGACCACCGGUCGUGUACGAUCUGUUGAAGCUUUCACUUUGGGAGGUUACUCCUGGAGAUAUCUUCCUGCCAUGAAUGAUAUUAGAGGUCUCCCUAUUGCAACUGUUUUACCAACAAGAAACAUUCGCUGA